AUCAUUCAGCUUGGGCCUAUAGGCCCAAAAUCGCUCUCUACACCACCAGUUGGAUCCUGCACCCCACUAGCUUGUUGCAGAAGAUCAUGGGCCUAAAGCCCAUUGGUUGCUCCGCCACUGUUCAUGUGCAUCGUGGGCCUGCACCCCAUUCUUCUCCAGAAGCCCAUUUCCAGGUUUUUUUCUAAAUUUUGCUAAUUGUUCUAGUUAGAAAAUAGGAUUUGAUUAGGUUUCUUAAUUCUUUAUUAAAAUGGAAAAUUUUAGGCUAAUUAGGUUUCUUAAUUCUUGAUUAACAUGGCAAAUUUUAGGCUAAUUAGGUUGUUAGUUUAAUUAGGCUAGUAAUUGACAAUUAGGAGUUAAAUCAAGAUUUUAGAAUUAAUUAGGAUUUAAUUAGGUUGAUUAGGUUGAUUUUGAUAAUUAGGAGAUUAAAUCUUGAUUUUCUAGAAUAUUAGGACAAUAUGAUUUUAACUAGAAUUUUAAUUAGAAAUAGUUGUAUUUUUUAUUAAAUUUAAAAUAGUGUAAUUUUUAACAUUAGGUUAAAUCAUUCUUGGGUUCUAAUUAGGUUUUGAUUUGGACCAAUUUCAUAAAUGACAAUUUUGCAUUUAGAGGUAAUUGUAGAUCUUUUAUCCAUUUAUGCCAUGAUCCCAUUACGAUUAGAAUUUAUCUUUAGGAUUUAAUCAACUUUAGGCCAUGGUUAGAAUUUGGACAUAUUUCACUAUUGACCAUUUUGCCCUUUAUGGGCCUAUUUUGAUGUUUUGUGUUGAAAAUUACAUGUUCCCCUUAGGAUUAGAAUGCAAUUAAUUGUAGGGCCUAACAUAGAAUUUUAUUUUUGAUUUUAAUCAAUAUUUUGACAUGCUCCUUUAGGAUUUCUAAUCUAACUUAGAAUAUUCAAUCAACUUCUAAUGCAUGAUCCCUUAUGUUAGUUUCUAAUUAUUACUAACUUCAAUUAGAUCCAAAAAUAGUUCCCCACCAAAACUAAAACCAAAGCCCCGAUUAAAUUGAUCAAAAGCAAUUUUGAUUAAUUAAAUCCUUUGGACUUUUAUAAUCCCACAGUCUAAUUGAGUGACCACCUUGGUCACUUAGUAUGACUUUUCUUUCACACUGUGGAGCUCAAGGCCUCAAGACAAGAUCUUCAAUCAAGGCAUCCUUAGUUACACCAAGAAGCGGAUUAUUCAAGCACAUCAAAGGUGGCGUAUUCAAAUUUCAAGCAUUUCAAAGGUGGCGUCUUCAACACUUGUUAACUCAAAGUUAGAAGAGUGUGACACGAGCCUUAAGCAAUAGAGAAGGAGUGGGACUGGAGUAUUCCUACCCCCAUUCUGAUUAUUUUUGGGUAUGGGACGUAUGACCCAGCGCUCAUCGUAUUCACCUCUAUUCAUAGACUUUAGCACAAUUCUAAUCAUGCGAUUAACAAGUCUACCUUCACAAAGCAAAAUACAACAAAGCAAGGACAACAUCAACAACUUAUCAGUCAUGAAUCAAGUUGUACGAUACGAGCCUUAAGUAAUGGAGAAGGAGCGGGACUGGAGUAUUCCUACCCCCAUUCUGAGUAUCUUUGGGUAUGGGAUGUAUAACCCAACGCUCAUCGUAUUCACCUCCAUUCAUAGACUUUAGUGCAAUUUGAAUCUAACGAUUGAUAAGGUCUUCAUCUUCUUCAUUGCAAGAAACAACUACAAAGACUCUUCUCUCUCCACUUGAAAGUUAGUGUGAUUCUCAUCAUCCAGUAACUAUCAAGUCUCUCUUCAUUCUAUUCAAGUCUCUCAUCAUUCCACUCUAAUCAUUUCAAUCUCAAUCAUUCAUUCCUCUUGCCUCCUAUCAAUUUCUUUUCAGCCCUAGUGGGUUGAACUACGAAAGCUCUUAUUUCCUCAUUUCACAAUGAGGAUACGUAGGCAGGAGAACCCAGUUUCUUCACGAGCUACCUUAUUUAUAAUUCAUCCUUCAUUUCAAUCAAUUCUACUUCUUUUGCCUUACCAAUCAAUUUCUUUUCAGUCCAGUGUUUACCAGUGAUUUCUGAUAAACAACUGCUAGUCUUCCAAUUUUAUAUAUUUUUGGUAACUCACAGGAUCGACUAGAUUGAUCCUAGGACAUGUGUCUUAAGAAUUAUUAUUACGGUGAUUUGGCUCAUGGUUAAGUUUGUUUCUAAUUUGUGGAUGACGAAAAGUGUAUAGACAACGAUUCUAAGUGAAACUUAUGAUUUUAUGAACAAAGUAAAUGACGAUAACUUUGCAGUAAAAGGUUUCUUAAAGAUAACGAAAAGACUUGGGAAAGGUAAAGAUAAAUGACUUGAAGUAAAUGAUUUAUGUUUUAAGAAAGUAUUGGAAACGAAGACUUUGGCGAAAUGUAAAUGCAGAAGUAAAAGUGAUGAUAAACUACUGAAAAGUAAGGGCAAUUCGACAGAUAAAAAAGGCAGUAAAAUACUUUAAUUUAAACAAUUGGUAUGAAAAAUAUAACAUGAACGAAACUUAUGGUGUUCUUCAUACAUACAUUUUCAGCGUAAAACUCUUUUCUCUCGCUCCGGUACUUCGAGUGUAUUUUGUGAAUUUCUGUAUAUUUGUUUGAACCACCUUUAAAUCUAAGACUAAAACCCCUAUUUAUAGUAACUUGACCCUAACAGCCUUUACAUAUAUGACUGCCACGUUCGUCGUUCCCAAGCGUUGCAUAUCUUAGAUGUUUCCACGUGUUGGUCUGACGAAACGGCUUUGUUUAAAUUUCAAAUACUUCCCCUUGAAGCUUCGACUCUGUGAACACCUAUGUCGAAGAGAGCUUUAUGAAAACCCAAAAAAUCUUCUAAGUUCCAGGCUUCGACAACAAAUAAUUGCUUACCCACAAAGAGAAUUUAAACAGCUUUGCCACAGUCAUCUUUUGCUUAUUCUCAAAACUCAAUAUUUCCAAAGACCUUCAACUAUCUAUCGAAAUCCCCAGCUAACAAACUGCCCCCAAGAAAUGUCUAUUUCGAAUUACUGUAGAAAUGAACAUUUUUUUGCAUUUACCAGAUUUCGACCAGAGACCUUUCAUAGUCCUAAAAGUCCAUGUUUGUCAAUUAAUCAUGAUUAACUUUUUCAAAACGUCUCAUCAGAACGUGUGCGCAGUUAUAUGUCAUCAUGAGUUUCAACUUCCAAGAAAAUGAAUAGUAUUCCCUGUACCCUUUUCUCAGAAAAACUUCCACGUGGCCCACUAUGCUAGUAAAGUGUAACCAGUCAGCCUCAUAGGUUCAGCAUUAUAAAAGCUCAUUUGUUAUUUUCUCUCUCUUUUCACGAAAAUCUCCAUUUUUUCCUCUAAGUUCAUAUUCUUCAACCUUUCUGAAAAACAUUUCUUCUUCCCUAAACCUAAUCCUUCAAAAUCUCCAAAGUCCAUUACAAUGUCUUCUGAUAAACAACAAAAGCAAUCAAAGAACAUCAAAGGUGUUGGACCUUCAAAGAGUUCUACUUCCCAGAAUAUUCCAACCAGCACAACCAUCACUGUUGGGGACCGAGAGUACAUCACUGCUCCAAAACUUUUGAAAGAACAGAAAGCAAUUUUUGCUUCUCAGGUAAUGGUUCCUUCCCUUCUUUCUGGAAAUGCUUUAGGGUUUCUAGGCCCAUUAGUAUCUGAAGAACAUUUAGAGAAGUGUGCUCAAUUAUUUCCUUGUCACCAUACUAAUAAACCCAUAGCCAACAAAACCCUUUCUUCUAAAGACAAUAAGGAUCUAAACCAGAGAGAGGCUUUUCAAUUGGACUUUAUCACUGAUAGUUUCAGACCCUUUCGGUCUUGUCCAACUCUAGACAAAUCCUAUCUCGCUUGGUUAACAAAAGUUGAGAAGAAGAAAGCCUUACUUUGGAAAGAAUUGAGUAUUUUUUACCUAAUCCAGAUGUCGAAACUGGGAUUCAGUUACUGUCAACCUUUAUUACUAUCUAGCCUAUAUUUCUGGGAUAAUACCUAUAACACCUUUCAUCUUCCUUGUGGAAUGAUGACUCCCACACUUUUCGACGUAGCUGCCAUUGCUGGACUUCCUCCGACAGGAGAGACCUUCGACCCCUACCAAGACUGUGAAAACUUGAUUGACUUCAACGUUAAGAACGCUUCUUUUAGCACUUACAUUAAUCUAUAUCACGCUGAUGGGGAAGAAGUUUCUGAUAUAGAACAUAUAGCAUUCUUAGGUCUAUGGUUGUCCAAAUUCUUCUUUUGCUGCAAAUCUCUACAAGUUGCUAAGAGAUUUUUAACGCUCGCUAACCAAUUGCACGCUGGUCGAAGAGUGUGUUUGAGUGAACUCUUAUUGGCUAGUUUAUACGAAAGUCUAGGAUCAGCUAGUGCUAAGCUAAAGGAAUACGAAGCUGACACCAAUCUAUUACUAUCUGGGCCUUAUUAGCUUCUUCAAUUAUGUCUUAAUGCCACUUUCGAAUCCGUUUUGCCAACACGAGGAAACGUCGAAGAAGAUGCCCCAGAGAUAAUGAAUCGAAGCAUUGAGGGCACCAGACUCCUUCGACUGACUCCAGUUGAUGAUGUUGAUAACUUACAAACUUCCCUCACCAAAUACACUUUGAUGUUCUCGAAGCGUCAUCAUUUCCUUCCUUCGAUGGCUCCUUUUGCCAGUCGAACGCAUGGUCCUUCCUGGUUUACGGCCUCGCUCAAAGACGAUGUGAAAAAUGCCAACACAGAGAUCGAAGACACAUGGCGUGCCUUUCUCCUUCCAAGGUUACUUGUUUCUAGGAUUCUGCCAGUAAAGAGUCAUGUGUGUCUGUUGGCCUAUCAGCCUAAUUUUGUCUCUCGAUAAUUUGGGUUGUGUCAACAUAUCCCUUUCUCUUUAUUCAAACGAAAGGGCGAGAUCUGCUGUGCAGGGACUGAAUGGAGCACUCGAGACAUUGCCGUCCACAAAGAAUUCCAUGCCAAUUUUGCCGAAUUCCAAUUAAUAGCCUUCCAACCGUCGUUCUAUUCCACCAAUGGUUUCGCCACUUGGUGGACCGAUUUCUAUUCCAAGAAUAUGUUUUCGACUGCUGAAAUCAAAGAACGUCUAACGAAGGCUUUUUCAUCUUUGCAGGAAAAUGUCCCCAAGGGUAAGCUUACUCAUUCUGCGGAAAUCCAAGCAUUCCAAAAGUACUUUGAAACUGUCUAUAACCCAACGAACAUUGUUGACACUGUUUGUUAUGCAGCCCCAAUUUUAAAAGAAAAAUUUGAAAAGCAGAUUGCCAAAAGAAAAUCUCUCAAAACUGUAAAACCCGAAUUGAAAUAUGACUUGGCCUUCGAGUGCGAACCACCCAAAUUUCCAAAGUUACCCAGUGCAGAUUUUGCUUUGUCAUUUUUCCCCCUUGUCGCAACCUGAAAAAGAAUGCGAAAAAAAAACAACCGGCGAAAAAAAGAAAUGACAGAAGAGUCGCCACCGUGCGUUAUUUAUCCCAAAGAAGGGAAAGGAAACGCUCGAAGUAAACCUGAAAAGAGGAAAGGAAAAGACAAGGUCUCGCAACCAAAUCUUGGGUUCGGGAGCCGAUUAUGCGAAGGGAAGGUAUUAGCACCCCUACGCAUCCGUAGUACUCUACGAGAUCCACUUUUGUUGUUCUUGUCUAAAGGGUGUAGGUUUAUCUAAUGUACUAUUUACUAAAAGGGGGGUCAAAAGAAAAUGACUCGCACGGAUGUCGCAUCCACUGCAUACGUAUCUCAUCUGAACAUGAGAAUCAGAGUCUUCGUAGCUCGGCUACCUAGGGGUUAAAGAGGAGUGUGCUCACUAAGACAUCGCGUCUUAUGCCUACGUAUCUCAUCUGGAAUGAGAAUCAGAGCAAGCCGUAGUUCGGCUAACUACGGGGUAAGGGUUGUGUUUUGGGGUGCUCAUGCAAAAAGGAAGUCCUGGACGAAGGAACAGUGCUACCUUAAUUGACAUGCAAACGGGAGACUGUACGAAGCCUAGCAAUCUUAUGGGAAAACGAUCACACCACACAAAACAUGUAUCUUAAAGUAAACGCGCCAACAGGGGGGCUCAAACAUACAUGGGUAGGGCUUUAGUCCAGAGGGGUCAUAUCAACCUCGACAAACAAGCCAUGGAAAGGUAAUCAAAUGGGCUUUUAACCACUGACAUUGAACGUCAGGGUGAGCAGAUCAAAAGGGUAAUGAGGAUAAGACCUCACAGCUCUUAACCCUGGACAGGGUGAGCUCAUGACAAAAAGUGGGAAUUCAGAAAGGUGGAACCCUCUCCACUGACUGACAGGACAAAAGAUCUUGGGCUUUUGUUCUGAAGCAUCGACACGUAGUGCGGGCAUAAAGAACGAGACACUGAAUAACGGGGGAUUGAUUACUAAUCCCUUUUAUCCGUCAAUUGCCUCUGCAUGGAGGUCUUUGGGCACAAAAGUAAACAAACAAAAGAAAACAUUGCCUCAUAUUGAGGUCUUCCAGCUAAGAAAGCGGUAAAAUGCGGGAAAGAUGUAAAAGUACCACACGGAUAAAGAUCCGAAGUAAUAGCAACUAACGACACAAGAAACCCAGAGAUCUCUCAAGCUAGCACCACCAAAGAAAGCAAGUCAGCACAGGUAAUCUGAAUAAACCUCCAGGUGGUAUCCCACAAAUAAAGUGGAAUGCCAAGCAAGUUAUCCUUUCAGGAGUCAUGUGAGCCCUCACAAAAAACUCAACAAAUAGGUUAGAGUGACAAGAUGGGGCGCAAUCAAGAGUUUCCCCAAAUCAAAAAGUAACCACAUGAAUCAUGCCAUUAAAAUUCACAAAAAGAGCUCACAAAAAGCAACCAAGUGUAGGAGGCCUAAACCUCUUGUUAAACACAUGCAUCAAAAGGGUAUCAAAAUUCAAAGUCAGGGGCAAGGAUCCACACAUCAAGACAUGACAUACAUACUAAAACAUGUGCCCACAUGCAAAACCUAACGAUAAUACCUCAUACAUUCAAAGCAUUCAAAUUGAAAGCAUAGAGUAAUGGAAAUAGGGCAAACCUGAUUGGAGAGAUCGAAUGAAAUUGAAUUGCCCGGUUGGGUUUGUAGAGCAAUCUGAGGGUUUAUAUGAGAUGGAAUUGGCUCUUUGCAGAUGAGUUCCUUUCAGUCUCUGGAGGUUGCUCUGAACUCUGUUAGCUCUUCUCUCACUAUCUUUUUCCCAGGGUUUUUGGGAGAUGGAAGUCUAGAAUUUAUAACCUGAUUUUUGUGACUUUGUGGGCUCAAAAGAGAGAGGUCCAAGUCCAAGAUUUUUCUGUUAUAUUUUAUUUAUUUAUUUAUUUAUUUACUUAUUUAUUUAUUUAUUUAUUUAUUUUUAUUUUUAUUUUCGAAACGUGUGGGUUUCGCCUAGCGAGCAUGACAGUUCAUGAACAAACUUUUGCUCCUUCAAGAUUAACGUUUUGACUGAUGAAUAGACCCCAUUUGAACAUGUUGGAAGUAUCUCAAGCCAUUCCCUUGUGUUGACUGAUCACCCAGAUAGGACCCACAAAGUGUCUUGGAUGAUAUUCAAGUUUCUUGGAUCUAAUUCCGAUUGACAUGAUGAAAUGCAAUAUGAAAUGUUAAAUGACCUAAAAAUGAAUGCAUGCAUGAGGGGGGCAAAUUUUGAGGUAUUACAUCUGUCCCUAUUCAAUCAACUGGAGACCCGAAAAGAAGAUAGCAGCGGCUUUCGCACUUUCGAGGUAUCAAGGGAUUGAAUACAAUAAGAGCCCGAAAAUUUGCACUGAAGUGAAGUGAAGUAACAAUGCCUGUCAGAAUCGGCAAAGAGGUGGUCUUGAAAGAAGAAUCUGUCUGGUACGGUGAGAGUCAGUCUGAAUACCGAAAAAGAAUGUUAACCUGGAUACCAAAAUAAAUGGUAACACAGAAAUAACCAUGGCCUGAAUUCCGCUCAUCAGUCUGAAUACUGGAAAUGACUUUGAUCUGAACAUCGGAAGAUAUGAGAUUAUUAAUAUCGGUCUGAACACCGAGAGGCUGGCCUGAAUGCCACAAGUUGCGUCGACCUGAAUGUCGGAAACUUCUUCGAUCUGAACAUCGAAAAACUGGCCUGAAUGCCACUUCGAUCUGAAUAUCGGAAAAUUGGCCUGAAUGCCACUUCGAUCUGAAUAUCGGAAAAUUGGCCUGAAUGCCACAAGUUGCAUUGACCUGAACGUCGAAAACUUCUUUGAUCUAAACAUCGGAAGACCGGUCUGAACGCCACUUCGGUCUGAAUACCGGAAACUUGCCUGAAUUCCACUUCGGUCUGAAUACCGGAAACUGGCCUGAAUGCCACUUCGGUCUGAAUACCGGAAACUGGCCCGAAUGCCACAAGUUGUAUCGACCUGAAUAUCGGAAACUUCUUCGAUCUGAACAUCGGAAAACUGGCCUGAACGCCACUUCGGUCUGAAUACCGAAAACUGGCCUGAAUGCCACAAGUUGCAUCGACCUGAAUGUCGGAAACUUCUUCGAUCUGAACAUCAGAAAAUUGGCCUGAAUGCCACUUCGGUCUGAAUACCGGAAAAACUUCAUGCCUAUCAGCAUCGGCAGAAAUAGGGAAAGAUAAUAGAGGCGGCGCAUGGGCCAAUGACACUUGUUGGGGAUAAUAAAGGUAAGUCAUGAACAAUCUUCAGUCUAAGUACUGGAAACAACUUAUGGCUUAUCACUUGGGAUACCGAGAAUGUUUUAUGCUUACAUGCGUAUGUUUGAAUUUUUCAAUGGCGUAAUGCUCCAUGAAAAUGGAAAUGCUACGCAAUUUGGGAAGAUGCGAUGCAAUAUGAUUCUACAUGCAGGGAUGCAAAAUGCUUGGUAGAAUGUCAAGCCGAGGCAAGGGAAUCUGCUGGGGAAAUGAUCACCAUCUUCUGGACCCUGGCAAGGCUGUUGGAGAUGCACAGCGCAAAGAACUCUGUGGGGAAAUGACCCGCUACACGGUGUUCUAGUAAUGACGAAAUACCGAGACUUUGACUGAGGAAAGAAUGGCAUUGAGAACUUGCUGUUGAGGAAAGCGACAUUGGUUUUGGCAACCGUAAUCUGCGAGAGAGACGACUUAGCAGGGGAAGCAAACACCGAUACGGUACCGAGAUUCUGCUUCAAGGAAAGAGACCAUGGAUCUGGCGUCGAGAUCAUUGAUCUGGCAUCGAACCCUGAGGAGCAGCCGCUUCUGCUGGGAAGAUACAGUCUGGCACUGUCAACUCCGCUGGGGAUAUAUAGUCUGGCACUGUCAACUCUACUGGGGAGUGUAUAUUCUGAAACAAACGCUUGGGGGAGGUACAAUAGUGAGAGCCUGCUGGGGAUCGAAGAAUCCAAUGCUCUGAUCAGCUCUGCAGGGAUAAGAUACCAACUUCGACUGUUGGGGGAAAACAUUCGCGAUCAUCGGCUGGGAACCUUAAGGAAAUGCCCCGAGGGUACCUGUUCUGAAUAGACGAUCUAAAACACUUGACAUUUACAGCAAUUUUAAAUGUUUAUUAAGCAUGUACCUGUAAAGCUCUUAUGUUUCAUGAUGCAAUGUUUAUCAAAAAUUCGGACGUCAUUUUUGCAAACAAAACAGUAAAAUGAAAAAUGGACACAGUGAUGUACUGAAUAACAUGAUUUUAUUGAUUGACUGGCCUCUGAAUAGGCAUUUACAUUAGGAAGCAAUCCCUGGAAAGAGGUAAUCGCACAAAAGAUAAAAACAGAAAUUAAUCUAAUGGCAAUGUGAAAUGGAUUUCUAUUGGGUUCCAAUUCUGCUAUGACUCGCUCGUCUUCAAGAUCCUCCGGAUGAUCAGCUUUCCGAAAAAGGUGAUUGGACUGUUUCCUAUCCUUCGGAAGUUUCCGGUUAUCAACACGAGAUGAUAUUCAGAACUACUCUGAACGCAGUCAUUCACUUAAUCCCUAACUUUUGCUUGGAUCGCCCUUUUCGGGUUUUCAAUCCACCGGGAUACCCAUUUUUGCCUAAUGUAGCACCUCAAAUUUGCACCUCCCAUUUGUACAUUCAUUUCAUUUUUUAGGUCAUUAACAUUGCAUUGUCAUUGCAUCUCAUGUUAUAUCUCAUCAGUCAAGACUGGUCAGGAGAUUCAAAUGUGCAAGAGAGCAAGAGCAUUUUUCAUGAGAUAAAAGCCCUAGGGUGGUUCCAAUGAGUUUACAUGACCCAAGGAUCACUUUGAAGCAACUUGGCCAAGUGGUGAAGGCUCAGAACUCAUCAGUGCAUGUGCAAGUCAUCUGAGGCCCAUAAAAGUCAACUGCAAGUCAACUGUAAAGUCAACUGUGGAUUUGGAGGUGGGAAGUGAUUAGAGAUGCUUCAUUCAUGUUCAAACAAGUCUUAUUUGACAUUUCAAAAACUCACAUUGAAGAAUUUGAAGUCAGGUCAAGAAUUUCCCAAAAUAGCAAGUGACCUAUAAUUUGAAAUUUCCAAAAAUGGAAAGGUUUUGGACCAACUUCAACUCAAUUUUACAUCAUCAAGAAAGCUUCAAAUGAAAUUUUGUCCAACAUGAAAGUUGAAGAUCUUUCUCUCCCAUUUCCAAAAAGUCCAAUAUCAUGGAUUUGUGAUGUGUGGUUAAGGAGAUAUGAUCCAAUCAUGGUAAAGUGUGCUUAAAAAUUCAAAUGGGCAUUAACUUUUGAACCAAGGCUCCAAUUUUGGUGGUUCUUUUUGCAUUUUGUUCAUCAUGACAUGCACUUUCCAAAAUAUCCAUUACAUGGCAUGAAUUUCACUUGCAUGAUCAUGUACUCACUCAUGAAGUUUUGUGAAGGAAAUUUCGUAAAAUCAAUUUGGAUGAUUUUAUGCAUGAAAUACCAAUCCUAAAGCUUGCAUGGGCCUUGUUUAAGUGGUUUUGGAUCAGAGUUGAGCACUGUUCACGUGGCUACCUCAUGCAUGGGGGUGAAAAUCUAAUUUUGUACAUACACCUCAUAAGUUGCUAAUCUCAAUUGCAUUUGGCUUAAACAGGUUUUCAGCAUGAUUAGCAUGGCAUAUAUAAGGUUAAACAUAACUGCUUUCAUCAUUAACAACAGUUUUCAGAUCUAGAUUCAAAAAUCAUCCAAAUUUUUCUCUCAAAAAUAUUUUGCAAUUCUUCACACAAAAGACAUUUCUAUUGAUGGAUUCAUGAUGAGGAAGCAUUUCUGAGCAAGUUUGAACGUGGAAUUGGAGCAAAUCGUGCCAUACUUGGACCAUACUCGAAGCUUGAAGGAUCAAUGGAAUUUUCAAAAUCUACUGGAUUCACGUGCAUUUGAGCUUCAAUUUCUCCAUUAAUCAUCUCAUUAAGCAUCAUAGGGGAGCUUUGGACCAUUACAAGCCUUGGAUAGCACGAUUUCAGCUUGCUGCUCUUCAAGAGGUCAUGAUUUGAGCCUUUUAAUUUUGAAAUUCAUUAUGAUAUUCAUGUAGAUCUUCGAUUGGUGAUGAUUUUGGUAUAAAAUUUGAGUGAAAUGGUGCAUUAUACAUGAAGUUAUGCAUGAUUAAAGUUUUGAUGUCAUUUCUUAUUUUCUUCGAUUUGAUCUUGCUGUGAUGAAUUAUGUGUAAAUGUUUGUUGAUCUUUGAUAUGCAUGAGAUGAUGAAUCGAUUGAUGUAAUUAGUUUGGAUUUCUGGUAUUUUUUUCUGGAAAAGUGUAUGAACAUCAUGUACUGUUCAUCUUCUUCGUGAGGAAGAAGAUGAUGUUCAUCUUUUAGCAACGGUUUCCAGCUUUGGCCACGCUUUCUGGUUCACUUGCCACGCUGUGCUAGGGCUUAAGCCUGAUUGGUCCAUGUGUUUGCAUGCUCAGCAUUUUCAUUGGCUCAUAUUGCUUUGACUCAUACACGCAAGCGCUGACUGGCCACCUCAUUAAAUGAAACGGUGCGUUUCAUGCACCAGGAGCGCGCUAAUUCAAAUCCUCAUCGGGUUCGAUACUGGCUGGGCGUACUUUUUCAAAUGCUUCAUGUUUUUUACAUAUUCCCUCCAUUUUCAUGCCUUGGUUCAUGUUUUGAUUUCAAUUUUUUCCCAAACUUCAAAAAAUCAUAUAAAAUAGAAAAUUAAUCCAAUUUCAUCCCAAUUUUUUGCAAAAUGCUCCUUAUUCUGUCUAGUUUUUUAUGAUCAUUAAUUGGAAAAUUGUGCACGGCUGGAUUUUAUUUGGUGCUAGGUUAUGUGACCAUGUAUCCAUUUUUGACCUUGCCUUGCUUAUCUUAUUGUGAAAUGCUUGUUUCUUAUCCAAUGAACUUGAAAGUUUGCAUACUAAUUCUAGACAUAUCGAGGGACAUUUUGGCUUUGGUUUGAUAUUUUUCUCAUGUGCCAUUUUUGUUUUGUGCUUGUGCUAACUUGGUGUGACAAUUUGUGUCACACAUUUGGUUGUUUAACUUGCACAAUGUGAUUGCCAUGCCAAAUGAUCUCCAAUGCUUCUGAUUUUUUGUGUGAUGGAUGUUGUGGAUGUCUUGAUUGCUCAUGAAUUUUUCCAGAUUUAUUUGAAUCAUUUCUGUUUUGAUUGAGAAUUUUCAUUCAUGUUGAUCAUUUGGAUGCCUUGAAUUGGUCUUUGACUUAUCUUGCACAUGAAAUGGACUUGCUUAUUGAUUAUGAUUUGGUUCUUUUUAGGACUUAUUCUUGAGUGAUUAAACAUGCUUUGUGUUGAGUUUGAAGUUCUGUUUUGACUUUUGAUCCUCUUUUGACCCUAGGCUUUGACCUAGUGGUUUGUUACUUACCAUUUGAGUUGUGAUUUCAGGUUCAAGUGUGCAUCUCCAUGAUUGAUGUUGCUCCUUCAUUUGAGCUUGAUUAUUGGUUGUUGUUGGCUAACAUCUACUUGUUUUGUAGGCUUUGAUGACAUUUCAUUUGUGUUUGCUUAUGGCUUACUCCUUGUUGUCUGAUGAUGAUUGGGUUGUCUGUUUGAAUAUUGACUGUUGAUUGUUUGUCUGGAUUUUGUACUGAUUGGUUUAGAUGUUUCCACAGGUACCUAAGUUGCUUUAAGUUCUUUUGAACUUUGCUUGGCUAGCUUGUGGUUUGCAUACCACUGAGGUUCAUUCGGGAGUCUAUUCACUGUGAGAGAUGGCAUCCGUUCCAGAGUUGAAGAGGAAGACGUGCACCUACAGUUUUCACCGUGAGCCAUUGACAUCUUUGAUAGAGCUGAGCAAUCUUGUGACCGGCGGUAAUCAGAAGGUGUUUGUUGAUCAAUAUGGGGAUUUGUUGACACUGUUGAAGAUGGUGGUAGAUCCAGUACCAUUGCAGACUCUCCUACAGUUUUAUGAUCCAGAGCUCCGUUGCUUCACUUUCCAGGAUUAUCAGUUAGCACCCACUCUUGAGGAGUACUCCAUUCUGAUGAAUGUCCCGAUCAAGUACCAAGUGCCUUUCUUGGAUGUUCCAAAGGAGGAGGAUUUCAGGGUUGUUGCCAGAUCUCUUUAUUUGAGUAUCAAAGAAGUGAGUGACAAUUGGAAGUCAAAUGGUGAUGUGGUGGGGUUGCCUUUGAAGUACUUAGUGAGGAUGGCUAAAGAAGAAGCAAAGAAGGGAAAUUGGGAAGCUUUUCAUGCUCAGUUGGCUAUUAUGAUUUAUGGGAUUGUGUUGUUCCCGAGUAUGCCUAAUUUUGUGGACUUUGCUGCUAUCACUAUCUUCAUCAGAGGAAAUCUGGUUCCUACCUUGUUAGCUGACACUUACUAUGCUAUACACAGCAAGCAUGGUAAGGGUGGGGCUAUCAGAUGAUGUCUCCCUUUACUACUCAGAUGGUUCUUGUCUCUUCUGCCAACCUGUGGACCUUUUGUGGAUACUCAGAGCACUCAUAAGUGGACUCAGAGGAUUAUGUCUCUUACAUCCUAUGACAUCAGGUGGCAAUCUUACCGGAUGGAUGUGCGUAAUGUUAUCAUGAGUUGUGGAGAGUUUCGUAACGUGCCACUCGUAGGGACUAAGGGUUGCAUCAAUUAUAACCCGGUUUUUUCUCUUCGCCAGUUGGGGUUUGUGAUGAAUGGAAGACCACUAGAUGCUGAGAUAGCUGAAAGUGUGUAUUUUGAGAAGCGGAGUGACCCGGCUAGAUUGGAGCAAGUAGGAAGGGCUUGGAAGACUAUUGGUGUCAAGGAUGGAGCUGUGUUAGGGAAGAAGUUUGCCAUUGCUAUGCCUGAUUACAUUGAUUGGGUCAAGAAGAGAGUGGAGACUUUGUUGUUACCCUAUGAUAGGAUGGAGUCAUUGCAAGAGCAACCGCCUUUGAUCCUUGCUAAGAGUGUGCCUGCUGAGCACUACAAACAAGCCUUGAUGGAGAAUCGUCGGUUGAAGGAGAAGGAACAAGAUACCCAGAUGGAGCUUUACAAAGCCAAAGCUGAUAGGUUGAACUUGGCUCACAAGCUCAAAGGAGUGCAAGGUGAAGAUGCUAGCAGAUUGAGAAGCAAGAAGAGGUCUUAUGAGGAGAUAGAAGCAAUGUUGGAUGGAGAACACCGUGAGCGUCUAAGGUUGCAAAGAGCGGAAGCCAACUACCAGAAGAAGAUAAGAGACCUGGAAAAACAGCUUAGAGACAAAGACAUCCAAUUGAAGAAGGAGGUAGACUUGAGACAUGCAUCAGAGAACCAGCUUGGAGGAGAAGUUGUAGAGCUCAGAAGACAACUGAAGGAGAAGAUCACCCCUCUGCCUGAUUGUUCAGAGUGCGACCGUUUGAUUGAUCAAUGCCAGUAUCUGAAGACUCUCAUUCCUGGAGGACAUCUUUCUUAGCUUGUAUCUGUUGUUUAUUUUGAGAAUCACCUCCAGGCUUGUUGGAUGGGAUUCCUUGUACUCUUAUCAUUUGGAUUUUUGCUUGAAUAUUGUUGUAUGAUCCUUGUACUCACAUCUAUAGAGGAGGUUGUUGAUGUUUCA